GUCACCUCAUGUAAAUAUAGUUGAUUUUAAACGUUUUUCAAAGACUCCAUCAUGUCAACGCUCUCGGCAGAGACAGGCCCUGAGGAUGCCAACAAUCAGAGCUUCUGGAUGCCAGGGAAUUACCAGCAGACAGUGAAGAGGACAGAAGAUGCCUUCCAAGCAUGUAAUGAUAUAGUGGCAUGUUUCCAAGAGAGGGCCAGGGUCGAGAGACAGUACGCGCAGCAACUUAGCGAAUGGAGUACCAAGUGGAAACCCCUAGUGGAUGCCAGUCCUCUCUACGGCUCUCUGUUACAAGCAUGGCAGUGCUUCCUCUCUUCUGCUGACCGCUUCUCCUCACUGCACUCCUCCAUCUGCCGUGCUCUGGUGUCAGAGGACGGAGACCGCAUCCGGACGUGGCAGAAGGAGACUUUCCAUAAGAAGAUAUUUGGAGGUUUCAAGGAGUCCCAGGAUUUUGAAACUGGUUUCUCACGUGCUCAGAAGCCCUGGGCCAAGAGACUGAAGAAGCUAGAGAAGGCCAAGUCAGCAUUUCACAAAGCUUGCCGUAAGGAACACAUGGCUCGUGAGCGGGAGGCCCAUGCUCAAGGCAACCCUGACAUUGCCAUUGAGAAACAGAGGAAGAUCCAGGAAGAGACCGAACUUGCUCACCAGGAGACAGAGAAAGUGCGUGCCCGCUAUGAGAAGGUUCUUGAGGAAGUGACACGUUAUGCUCCACGCUACAUGGAGGAAAUGGAGUCUAUCUUUGACCAAUCACAAGAAGAGGAGAGGAAGAGGAUAAGCUUCCUCAAACAGGCUUUCCUGUCCAUCCACAGACACUUGGAUGUCACCAACAACGAGAGCGUAAAAGCUGUGUACAAUGAGCUCCAUAACACUCUGAUGUCCAUCAGCGAGCAGGAAGAUUUGCGCUGGUGGAAGAAUACACACGGGCCAGGAAUGCCCACUGACUGGCCUCAGUUUCAGGAGUGGACUCCAGACAAGAAGCAUAAAAAGGGAAAGAAGGAGGUGGAGCAGAAAGCAGUAGUGAUGGAGAGAAGUCUAAUGAUUGGAGGAGUGAGAGUCAGAGCUCUCUAUGACUAUGUUGGACAGGAGACAGAUGAACUGUCCUUCAAAGCAGAGGGCACAGUGGUGAUGGUCUGGUAUCUCAUUCAUAUCUCAUCUAGUACCAUCUCUAAAGCGCCUGAAUGGUCUUUACCUGGUAUUGAAACUGUUCAACAGAAAGGCUCUUCUCUGGAUUUCUCAGGAUAUCUUAAUAUGGCCAUUUUUAGGAGUGUCCCAUUGUCAAAAUGGUUCCAGUUCACUGAAAUUGAAAUUCCCAGAAUGCACCUGGAGAGAGAUAGAAGAGGAAAUACAAUUCCCAGGGUUACACAAACUGAUCAGGAGCAGUUGUUAAGGACAGAAAAGGACUCUCACAUCAUCAGAGAAUAA